AAAAUGCGCGCGCAUGGCGCUGCUCUGCUCUGAGAUUUUUGUGCCCCCCCAAACCGGAGAGCAGGCUCCAAAGCUAACAUGUGCCACACGACCCCCGAACGAAGUGCCAUCUCGUGGGGCACGCGACGGUGGCGGCAUGUUGUCGGCGGUCAGUGAGGCGCCAGAGAGCGGAGCGGAGCAGAGCCGAGUGCAUUCUCCAUUCGCCAAUCCGAAAUCACUCGCAGCGCGAACUCUGUGCAGAGCAAAGCCAGAGCCUUGGGCCCAGUCUGAAAAUUGUCACGAGCCCCAAGCACGGCAGCUGCUAGCUGCUGGUCGCCAAUCAAGCGAAAAAUAAUUACCAAAAAUACUAGAAAAAAAGACCAAUAAAUAAAUCUAGCAAUCAGAAAUCAGCAAAUGGAUCCAACAGCUCAAAGAGAACGACAGCUUUGAAGAGGGAGCGGCGAAGGCGACGGAGAGAUAUCCUGACCAGGCAAAGCACGUGAUGCAAUUGGGUUCCGUAUGGGGCAAAAUUUUGUAAAGUGAAAGCAAAUAAAAAUCGAUCGAAAAGUGUCACUCCAUCUGGAACAUCAAAAACGUGCGCGCAGCCCGUGUAACUUGCAGAUUCGAAUCCCACGUCCCCCCCGCAAAAAGCAAAAAGCAUACGCAAACGAGUGGGCCAGCGUUAUAUAACACACAGAGGCACAGGCACAGGCACAGGCUCAGGCUCAAGCUCUUCACCCUCCCACGCAAAACUGCUUGCUCAAUCGAUAGACUGCCCUGCCUGCUUCACUGCCUCACUGCCUGCCAAUCCAAGACGAUGUGUGCUCCUAAUUAGAUUACAGCCCAGGGAUUAACCAGCAGAACCUAGAACAGAGGAGAACAGAACACCUGCCGUUUGCCACCAGUUUAACGCAAGUCCGCAAACACACAGCCGCACGAAAUGGGCAAAAAAAAGGUGGCCGAAGAGGAUCUGGUUGUGCCGCCACAGGACACCAGGAUCUGUGGCACCAUCUGCAUCUGCCAGAUGACACUGGUGCUCAGUUCAGUGGCCCUAGUCUACCUCACGGUGGCCAUAUACAUGCCGUCCACGCGUGCCUUCAAGAGCGGCAUCGACCCAACCCCCGUGAUGUGCACCACCACGCGGGCCCUGAAUAAGGACAACUGCGAGUGGGGCAGCUGCGGGGAGUGGUGCCUGAGCAAGACGUCAGGUGCUUGCAUCCAGAUCUAUGUGAAUCUACGCAGCAACGGCUCCAAUCUCAUCUUCCAGAACUGCACGAACUCGGCGAACAAGACGUGCUACGGCAUCGACCAGGACCGGGCGGACAAGGCGCGCUGCAUCAACGAUGAGUGCAAGAACCUCACAGGCACUUUCAACUGCACCGCCGGCCAGUGCCUGAACAUCACGGACGCCUUCGAGUGCAUCUUCCACAACAGCGAUGCCCCGGUCAAGUGCUCUGGUCGUCGCGGCAAGAUCAACUGCAUGGACAUCAGCGGGCUGUAUUCGUGCAGCCGCGGGACCUGUCGCAAGAUCCGCACACCCUACAACUGCGACCGCCGGUGCGUGGACAUCCCGACCAGGAACAAGAACGUUGUGGUGCUCAGCGGGGACAAGGUCUAUCUGUCGCAGUGCCAGAACGCCAUCAAUGCCGAGACCCUGGAGGAGGUGUGGAACGAGUCCAGCGAGAAUGUGGCCAUGACUUCGUGCUACUUCAUCAAGAACACCUCGGAUCGCGUGGACGCGGUGGACUGCAUCAACGGGUCGACGCUGGAGCACAAUAUGCUCAGUGAUCUGACCAAUUUCACAUAUCUGAGCCACCUGCACGUCUCGGUGGCCACGCCCGUGCCGGAGAUAGCACCGCCCGAUGUCGAUCUGACCAUCUCCAAUGAGUCCAAGCUCAUGAUUAAUCUCGAGGGGUGCGUCAACACCCUCAUGGACGAGUGCAAGGAGUUCCUCAAGGACUUUGGACGCGACGGCAGCGAUCAUAACGCUCGCGCACGCUUUCCGUGCUUUUACUCGCCCGGCAAGAAGGACAUUGUGGUGGCCCGGUUCGACCUGGAGGUCACCUAUCGCCAGUUUGUGUUCGCCUCGGUGGUGCCAUCGGUGCUCUUUGUCGUCUCCUGCUCCAUCCUGCUGAUGUGCCAGAAGACCGUCUACGUGGGCGACGAUGCCAAGAUGCGAUUCAAGGGCUGCGUCGACACCGAGACCAUCCUGAACAAGAACAACGUCGGAGCACCCACCAACGGCGACAUGGGCGGGGGCGGUGGCGAUGAGGUUAUGGCCCUAUGAGAUCCGUCACCCGCCUUUGCCAUUGCCCACAUGUGAGAGGUUCGACUACCAAUGGGUGUCCAGGUCUCUGGAACGAUAUAUGUAUUUCUCAGUUGUCCAACUCCCUAGAUCCUCCAGAUAGAACAACAGACUUUAGAGCAGAGCAAAACAGAAGGCCCCAUAUGAACAUAGGAUAUAGACAUAUAGUAGUUAUAGCCUCUCCCUUGGUCCUGUUUUUAGCACCCGACAGUCACAGCCCCUGAACAUCAUUAAAGCUGUAUCUCCCAUUAAUAUUCGAACUUUCUCUUGUUUUCUGCAGGCAUUCCUCUGCUCCAGGAAGACAGUCCGAUACAUCAGACUGGGGUCUUCGCUUUGCAAUAAUUGGAGUUGGCCAAAACAGCGACUACCAGAAGAAGAGCACAAUCGAGCAACUUGAAAUUCUUUGUAAUCCUUCCAUUGAACUUUUAACAAACGACCACAACCACACAGCCACACCCACAGCCACAGCCACACCCACACCAACCCAAAGGCUUGCAAGGACACUGCUGAGCUAACAGCAGAAAACCCAAAUACUUGAAACAGAAACUGAAACACUACGAGGCAAGGAGAAGGCGCGUGAAAUUCUCAAGAUACGACGAUCGACUCGACUCGAUCGAUCGAUCGAUCAAAAGACAAUAUUAGUAUAAUUUUUUGCAUUAAUUCGUUAUUAAUUGAGUUAUUUGUAUUUUCAUCGGAUUAGGGCCAGAGGCUUAGGAUAGGUGAUGUAGGUAGAAACAGGGGGACAGAUAGACAGACGUCAGAGCGAGGAUUGAUUCAAUAUUUAUUGUUAAUUAUGCAGCUAAGUUUUUUCUAGGGAAUAAACGCACACACCCAAACACACACAACACACAUGCACAGGGACACAAGAACACACACCCACACACAGACACCAGGAGCAGAAGCAGAAGCUGAAGCAGCAGAGGAAGAAGAAGGAGGAACAGAAUACG